GGAAGAACCAAACUCCAGACGCAUCGGCCUCUGAUUGGCUGUUUAGCUGGGACCUACCCAAACGCGGAAGUGACGUACAGAGUGUCUAUCCAGGGACGCUCUCGGUAUUUACAGAGGAGCCUGUCAACCUCAUGCGAUUGUGUGAGAGCCCACCGCGACCUACAAACGGGCUGCUACUCAAUUACCGGAGUCAUGGCGCCCUUGUCUGUUCCCCUGUCGUCUCUGUUGAGGCACAGGGACUGUCUGCAGAGGGUGAAUGUUUUCUGUAAUGCAGUGCAGAGUUUACGCCAGCGGCCGCCCAGAUCUCGCUUAUGGAAACGUAAUUUCGGUGCAGUAACACAAGGAGUCGGGCAACUACUGUCAAGCCAGAACAGGUUCCAAAACUACGCAGCAUCUGGUUGUAGGAGCUCCUCAAGCGACCAGGACACAACAGAGAGGCUGUGGUCUAUUUACAAUGAGACCAAGAGGCAGACUGAAGAUCUGCUUCCAGUCAUAUCCACCAACUCAGUCGACCCUGACACCAUUUUUGCCAACAAUGAGAUGAGCCUGCGAGACAUAGAGAUCUAUGGCUUUGACUAUGACUACACCCUGGCCUUCUACUCCCGCCACCUCCACACCCUCAUCUUCAACAUUGCACGGGACAUCCUAAUCACCAAGCACAGGUACCCUGAGGGUCUGCGAAAGUACGAGUAUAUUCCUAACUUUGCUGUAAGAGGACUUCACUAUGACGUUCAGAAGGCACUGCUGAUGAAGAUAGAUGCUUUUCACUACAUCCAGCUGGGGACGGUAUACAGGGGUCUUCAUCCAGUUUCUGAAGAGGAAGUGAUCGCCAUGUACGAAGGCUGUCAUGUACCUCUAGAGAUCAUGAGCGACUUCUACGGAAAGAGUUCACAUGGACACACUAUGAAACAGUUCAUGGAUAUCUUCUCCCUGCCUGAGAUGACCCUCCUGUCCUGUGUCAAUGACUUCUUCAUGAGGCACAACAUUGACUAUGAACCCGUCCACCUCUACAAAGACGUAAAGGAAGCCAUUAGAGACGUUCACGUCAAGGGUAUAAUGUACCGCGCUGUGGAGGCAGAUAUCGAAAAAUAUAUUUGUUAUGGUGAGCAGAGCCACGCUGUGCUGAAGAAGCUGUCAGAGCAUGGAAAAAAGAUGUUCCUCAUUACCAACAGCCCGUUUGACUUUGUAGACCGAGGGAUGAGCUUCAUCGUGGGGGAUGACUGGAGGGACCUAUUUGAUGUUGUGAUUGUUCAAGCGGACAAACCUGGCUUCUUCAAUGACAGGAGAAAACCGUUCAGGCGAGUGACAGACCAAGGUGCUCUGCUGUGGGACCGGAUUCACAAGCUUGAAAAAGGGCAGAUCUACAAACAGGGAAACCUUUAUGAGUUCCUGAGGCUGACCGGCUGGAGAGGAUCCAAAGUGCUCUACUUUGGUGAUCACAUCUACAGUGACUUGGCAGAUCUGACACUCAAGCAUGGCUGGAGAACGGGUGCAAUCAUACCCGAGCUGAGGAAGGAGAUCAAGAUCAUGAACACAGAGCAGUACAUGCAUAUGAUGGCCUGGUUACAGGCGUUGACUGGACUCAUCGAACAGAUGCAGGUACACAGGGAUCCAGCAUCUCAGGCUGUGGUGGAGGAGUGGAUAAGAGAAAGAGAAGCAAUGAGGCCACAGACCAAGGACAUCUUCAACAGUCAGUUUGGGAGUCUCUUCCGGACGUACCACAACCCCACCUACUUCUCUCGCCGACUCUCUCGCUUUGCAGACAUCUACAUGGCCUCCAUCAGCUGCCUGCUGAACUACGACUUCCAGCACACCUUCUUCCCUCGCCGCACUCCGCUGCAGCACGAGUCUCCCUUCUGGCCCGAGCACAGUCCUUCCGGUAUUAGCAACAUCUCCUCACAGCUCCACAGCUCCAAAGCAGAGUCCGAUUAGAAUAAUAAAGACUAGGACUUCCAUUGGUGGCUUAAAAUAAGAUUUAUUUUCACAUUUCGAGACACGGCAUUGUAGAAGGUGCAUGCCAGGUUUUAAGAUACAUGUAAAUCAUGACAGCAGUUAUUCAUUAAGCUUUAAAGUAGUUAGUUAGUUGGUAUUUAAGAAGGGAGGUGGGUUUAGCUUUUCAGCCAAAUGACUCCUUACACAAUGAGUGUUUUCACUUUUUUAUAGAGAACAUGGACACCUUGUAUUUUUCAUUGUAUCUCACAGAUUUAUGAAAAUAUUGAAUGCACUGAUUGUUUUAGGUUUGCAUAUGUUUGUGUGUUUUGGGGGGAGGUUGUCCUAUAGUGUGUGUAUGUGUGUGUGUGUGAUAGAGCGCUAAAGAGAAAUUAUUCAAAGAUAAUGCAGUUACACAGUUGAAACAAUAGGGGGCAGCCAUACAUCAUGUCUAUCUACAGUACAUUGUAAGAAUUGUACUCCAUGCUCAAGACUCUAUGCUUUUUAUCCUUAGCUUCUGUAGAACUAUAAGAUUGUAUGUGAUGGGGAUACUCAGAUGUCACAUUUACACGUCAAACUUUGUUGCCUUAAUCCCACAUCACUCUGAUGUAUAUAUUUUUGAAACAGCCUGAUAUAAUGAUGAAGCUCUUCAAUGUUUUUCCGUGUAGCAGCCGAGUUCAUCUCAGUUUAAACUGCACAUCGUAAAACACUCCGCUUAGUUCUGUUCUGAGUUUUUUUUUUUCCUGAGUCACUGUUUGAUCCAGUUCUACUCCACAGCCUGUAACUUUGAUUUGAGCAGUGAGAAAUGUUUAAUAUUUGUCAGGGAAAAAAUAGAGCAUCAUUGCUAUAUUUAGCACAGAGUGUUUUUAUUUGAUCUGUGAAGGCAGCAUUGGGUUUGGUGUGUUUGACACUUUUUGCAGGUAUUGUCAAACGCCUUCACAUGCUGGAAAAGAAACUUUUAAAAAUGAGCUGGAAUCUUUGAGUUUUUAAGUAAUUAUAAAGGGGAAUUCUUACAUACUGGUGGCCAUAACAUGACUUUAUGGUUUAAUUGUAUUUGUCUGUGUUAGUUAAAAUAUUUCUUGAUGAUGUGUCUUUUUAUUUCUCUAUUUAUUAAAAUGUGUAUGGCUUAAUAAA